AUGGAAAACUUGGAAGUUCAUAUCGAAAUUGAUGGCUCAAUAUCAAACAGUAAAGAAAGAAACACUGACCUAGUUCAUGCCAAACCCAUUGUUCUGAUGUCUGUUUUGAGUAGUCUCCAUGCGGGAUAUUUCAGAAUAAGCCUCUCUCUCUGCAGCCAAGCUCUGCUAUGGAAGAUAAUGACUGCACCUGAUUCACAGAGCAUGUCUCAUUUGCAUAGCAAUUUCCCGUCUAUGGCGUUCCAUCUCUUGUGGUACCUAGCACUUGCAACACAAGUGUUACUCUGUCUUUUGUAUGCGUUGAAGUGUUUUUUCUUCUUUGACAUGGUGAAGGAAGAGUUCUCGCAUUAUAUUGGAGUGAACUAUCUUUACGCUCCAUCCAUCUCAUGGCUUAUCUUGCUUCAAUCUGCUCCGAUGAUGGAACCACAAGGCAUCUUGUAUAAGACAUUAUUCUCGGUGUUUGUGGCUCCGGUGUUGGCUCUCGACACAAAGCUUUAUGGCCAGUGGCUCACCACAGAGAAAAGAUUUUUGUCGAUGAUGGCUAACCCGGCGAGCCAAGUAUCAGUAAUCGCAAACCUAGUGGCAGCAAGAGGAGCAGCCGAGAUGGGUUGGAGAGAGUGUGCUCUAUGCUUGUUCUCGCUAGGGAUGGUUCACUAUUUGGUUAUCUUUGUCACACUUUAUCAACGCCUACCGGGCGGUAACAACUUCCCAACAAAGCUGAGGCCAGUUUUCUUCUUGUUCUUUGCUGCACCAGCCAUGGGAAGUUUAGCUUGGAACUCUGUUUGUGGAACCUUUGAUCCUCUAGCGAAGAUGUUAUUCUUUCUUUCGCUCUUUAACUUCAUGUCCCUAGUUUGUAGGCCAAAUCUUUUCAAGAAGUCAAUGAAAAGAUUCAAUGUUGCAUGGUGGGCUUACUCGUUUCCAAUCACAUUUCUUGCUUUAAACUCAGUUCAGUAUGCACAGGAGGUGAAAGAACAGGUCGCUACUGGACUGAUGCUUAUCUUCUCAUCUAUCUCGGUUUUGAUUUUCCUCGGUUUGAUGAUACUGACAGCAGCAAACAGCAAUCGACUACUCAGACGUGAUCCUGUCCUCGGUUCUGUUACUAAUCUCGAAAUCAAGUCAAGUCAAAGAAGCUAG